AUGAUACUCGGUAUAAUCCCGGCACGAUACGCCUCCACCCGUUUUCCGGGCAAGCCACUCAUUGAGAUAGAGGGCAAAACGAUGAUUCAGCGGGUCUAUGAACAGGCUGCUAAAUCGGCAUCACUGGAUACUAUUGUGGUGGCUACUGAUGAUGUGCGCAUUGCCAAUCAUAUCCGUUCUUUUAAAGGAAACGUAGUUUUAACGGGCCCGGACCAUGAAAGUGGGACCGACAGGUGCUGGGAUGCCUGUCAGCAAAUGGGCGGCAACUAUGAUUACGUGAUCAAUAUCCAGGGAGACGAGCCGUUCAUCGAUCCGUCGCAGAUAGACCUGCUGGCAGCCACUUUAAAAGAUGGUACUACCGAACUGGCUACCCUGAUCAUCCCGGUAGAUAACCCGGACGUCUUGUUUGAUAAGGGCGAAGUGAAAGUAGUGCUGAACAAACAGAUGGAAGGUCUGUAUUUCAGCCGUACCGUGAUCCCGUUUAUAAAAGGAGUUCCAGAAUCAGAAUGGCACAAGCAUCAUCCUUACUUCCGGCAUGUGGGCUUGUAUGCUUAUCGUAAAGAUGUGCUGGAAGCGGUGACAAAGCUGCCCGUCUCCUCCCUGGAAAAAGCAGAGUCGUUGGAGCAAUUGCGCUGGCUGGAAGCCGGUUACCGGAUCCGUUGUGCCAUCACCGAAUUUGAUAGCCAUUGUAUUGAUGCGCCGGAAGAUGUGGAGAAAGUAUUGCGUCUAAUGAAGCGUGGUUGA